AUGCCUCUCACCAAUACAUGGGGUUUCUCUACCUCGCUUCUCACCAAUACAGGGGAUUUCUCCACCUCGCUUCUUACCAAUACUGGAGUUCUCUCCACCUCGCUUUUCACCAAUACAGUGUCUACCUCCACCUCGCUUCUCACCAAUACAAGGGUUUCUCCACAUCGCUUCUCACCAAUACAGAAGGUCUCUCCACCUUGCUUCUCACCAAUACAGGAGGCCUCUCCACCUCGCUUCUCACCAAUACAGGGGGUCUCUCCACCUUGCCUCUCACCAAAACAGGGGGUCUCUCAACCUUGCCUCUCACCAAUACAGGGAGUUUCUCCAUCUCGCUUCUCACCAAUACAGGAGGUCUCUCCACCUCGCUCCUCACCGAUACAGGGGGUCUCUCCAUCUCGCCUCUCACCAGUAAAGGAGAUGUCUCCAUCUCGCUUCUCACCAAUACAGGCGCCCUCUCCACCUCGCUUCUCACCAAUACAGGUGGUCUCCCCACCUUGCCUCUCACCAAUGCAGGGGGUCUCUCCACCUUGCCUCUCACCAAUACAGGGGGUCUCUCCACCUCGCUUCUCACCAAAACAGGGGGUCUCUCCACUUUGCUUCUUACCAAUACAGGAGGUCUCUCCACCUCGCCUCUCACCAAUACAGGGGGUCUCUCCAUCUCGCUUUUCACCAAUACAGGAGGUCUCUCCACCUCGCCUCUCACCAAUACAGGGGGUCUCUCCAUCUCGCCUCUCACCAAUACAGGAGGUCUCUACAUCUCGCUUCUCACAAAUACAGAAGGUCUCUCCAUCUCGCUUCUCACCAAUACAGGGGGUCUCUCCACCUCGCUUCUCAUCAAUACAGGUGGUCUCUCCCAAUCAAUUCUCACCAAUACAGGAGGUCUCUCCACCUUGCCUCUCAACAAUACACGGGUUUUUUCUACCUCUCCUCUCACCAAUACAGGGGGUCCUUCAACCUCGCCUCUGA